AAAAGAUUAACUAUUGGAAAGCUUGUCUCGAGACACUGCAGGGAAGAAGAAUAAACGCUAGAAGUAUCAGUUUUUGUGAGAUAGUGCGACAAUAUGGAUAAAGGCACGAGCGACAUGAAACCAAACCCCAAAGAGACCGCAAAUGUCUUCAGUGUUCUAUUCUUCUGGUGGAUACGAGAACUAUUUACAAUAAGUUUUAAGCGUGAUUUGGAGGAAUCCGACAUUUAUCGACCAAUCAAAGCAGACGAAUCUGAAAAAUUGACCGAUCAUCUCGAGAAAUACUGGAAUCGCGAGCUGGAUAAAUUAAAGAACUUGGAAUAUGUCGUGGGAAAAAAUGGGCAGAAGGUGCCGCUGAAAAAGGAGUCUCGUCCAAAAUUGUACAAGGCAGUCUACAAAACCUUUUGGUUGCCAUAUUUCAUAAUCGGAAUCUGCUCAUUUAUCCAAUGUAGCGUAGUGCGUGUAAUGGUGCCGAUCUUGCAAAGUUGGAUCAUCAAAUACUUCAUUAAUGAUCCUAACGCGAAAUAUAAAAUCUCAACGAACGAGGUGAUGAUCUACAUCGCCUUCCUGGUCAUUACCAAUGUCAUCGCCAUUAUGUUGUUACACCAUUCUGUCAUGCAAUCGUUACACGUUGGCAUGAGGAUACGUAUCGCCUGCAGUUCUCUUCUCUAUCGGAAGACCGCGAUCAUAGGGACAAUAAUGUGGCAAAAAGUCGGUAUUUCGUGUUUGGUUGGCAUCGGGACGUUGUUGAUCAUUGUCCUCCCAGGACAAGGGACUUUGAGCUUUUUGAAUCUCAAACUCAGAAUCAUAAUUGCGCCACUGACCGACCGAAGAGUACAACUAAUGAGCGAACUCAUAGCUGGGAUACAGGUUGUGAAGAUGUACGCCUGGGAGAAACCGUUCAGCCAGAUUGUGUCAGUAAUCAGAAAAUUAGAGAUCCAUCAAAUUAAAUUCUCGUCGUACGUGCGCGCCGCGUAUUUGGCCAUCAUAGUCUUCACUGAACGAUUGACCGUCUACUUCACCCUGAUAACGUUCGUCUUAAUGGGAAAUAAUUUGACUGCCGAUGUGACCUAUGAAAUGUCGACAUACUUUAACAUACUUCAACUCGUCGUCGCGUUGUACUUUCCACAAGGGCUAAUACUGCUGGGUGAAUCAAUAGUGUCAUUCAAUCGAUUGGAG